GAUCUCCAUCACGAUGACAUGCUAUUUUUUUCAGGGCAAUUUGUACCUUAUGGUUCACUUUCUCUAGUAUACAACCAAGACCGAUUCGUUAACAGCAGUGUGACUGUUAAAUUAUAGUUGUUGACCGCGGUUUAUUAAACACCCGACUGUCUGCUUCAUUUACCCAGAAUGCCUCGCUUGUUGAAGUGACUGUGUGGAAUAGCGUCAGCCAGCUAACUACAUUUGGCAUACAUGAAGUUGUCGCUACUAUGCAUGUUUACUGUACGAAAUAAGAUAAAAGAGGGAAAUAAAAUAAAAGGGGAAGGAGAAAUCUGUUUUCAAUACACCAGCAAUGCCUCUCUUCACGACCAACCCAUUUGACCAAGAUGUUGAGAAAGCAACCAGUGAGAUGAACACAGCUGAGGACUGGGGCCUCAUUCUGGACAUAUGUGAUAAGAUAGGGCAGUCACGCACUGGGCCUAAAGAAUGUCUCCGCUCUAUAAUGAGAAGAGUGAACCAUAAGGAUCCCCACGUGGCCAUGCAGGCACUCACUCUCCUUGGUGCUUGUGUCUCAAACUGUGGCAAGAUAUUCCACUUGGAGGUGUGCUCCAGAGAGUUUGCCAGUGAAGUCAGCAAUGUCUUAAACAAGGGCCACCCCAAAGUGUGUGAGAAGCUGAAAGCCCUGAUGGUGGAGUGGGCAGAGGACUUCCGCAACGAUCCUCAACUCAGUCUGAUCUCCGCUAUGAUCAAGAAUCUACGCGAGCAGGGUGUAACUUUCCCAGCAGUUGGGUCACAGGCUGCAGAGCAAGCAAAAGCAAGCCCUGCUUUAGUGGCAAAGGAUCCCUCCACCUCAACAAACAAAAAAGAAGAAGAAGACUUGGCCAAAGCUAUUGAGUUGUCACUAAAGGAGCAACGUCCACAGCCUCAGACCUCCCUGUCAAGCCUUUACCCAAACACUUCCAGCCUGCUCUCCUCAAACAAGUCAGACGGCAGGAAAGUCCGUGCCAUCUACGACUUUGAGGCCGCUGAGGACAAUGAGCUCACCUUUAAGUCAGGAGAAAUCAUCACUAUCCUGGAUGAUAGUGACCCCAACUGGUGGAAAGGGGAAACAUACCAGGGAGUGGGGUUGUUCCCCUCUAACUUUGUCACAGCUGACCUCACUGCAGAGCCUGAGAUGAUGAAGACAGAGAAGAAGAGCGUACAGUUCAGUGAGGACAUCCAGGUGGAGACCAUAGAGCCCGAACAAGAGCCUGUAUAUAUAGACGAAGACAAAAUGGACCAGCUACUGCAGAUGAUCCAGAGUGCAGAUCCCACAGACAACCAGUCAGACAGUGUUGAGUUACUACAGUUGGAAGGUGCCUGCAAUCAAAUGGGGCCCCUCAUUGACCAGAAGUUGGACGAUAUAGACAGGAAGCACUCCGAGCUGUCAGAUCUGAAUGUGAAGGUGAUGGAAGCUCUGUCUUUGUAUGCCAAGAUAAUGAAUGAAGAUCCAGUUUACGCCAUGUAUGCCAAGCUACAGAGCCAACAGUACUACAUGCAGCAACCUGCCAAUGCAGCACAACAGGUCUACGCUGGUCAGCCUGCAUCAGGUUCGUAUGCCAUGAGCGGUACUACAGUGCAGGGUUACACCGUUCCCAUGGAGCAGCUUCCAGCUGGAACCCCCAUACCGGGUCAGCCUGCUCCCAGUGACGUUCAUAUGUACAUGGGCCAGCCGCCAGUCUACACUGCAGCUCCAGGGAGCAUGGCCCCAGCAGACUUGCAGUCUUACCAGCUACCGGCCCCCGGCCCGGCCCCAGGCAUGACGCAGAUGCCAAACUACAGCACCCCCUCUGGGCAGAGCAUAGCACCUUCCUCAGACCCCUCACAGGCCCCCUACUCAGAGAAAGCUUUGCUAUAGGGCCCCCCCCUGAGCUCACCGUUAUCGUCACACAUACACAUGAACCAGACCUGAUCGUAUAGUGGUCUUAGAUCAUUUAUCUUAUGUUUUACGAUUAGUUUUAUCAUAGAACACCAGCUGGAUGAAACAAUUCAAAUAGAUUAGACUAAAAAAACUUGACAUUUGGCACACUUUGAGUUGUUUUAUCUGGCAGAUAAAUAUACAGUUACACUUCUCAGUCCAGGUUUAGAAGUGAUCACGAGGGUUUGAUUUGAAGAGCUCACACCAAGACAUGCAUAGUAUAAAAAUGGACACACUGUGUUCUUUUAAUUGAUGAAGUUUCUGCAUUUUCACUCUUCUUCUCCAUGCCUUUACAUGACUCAGAUGUGAAGACACGGAAGAGUUUUUAUUUGCACUUUUAUCUUCAGUUGCACUUAUUUAAGUUUUGGUCAUUUAAGCGUGAUCACUUCCAAAUCUAGCUAUAUAUAAGCAAUAUAUGCAUUCUCCAUUGUUUUUAUGUACGAGACCUGACUUAUUGCUCCCUUUUUAUGAUAGGACUUUUGAAAAAUUGUGGUAAUGUUUUAUUUUAUGGUUCCGGAUUACAUAAUGUAGUACCAAUUAUAGAGGAAAUGAGACCAAGUUAAUUUAGUUAGGCUUUAUGUAAAUUAAAAAUCAGUUAAAUUAAAGGAAUUUCCUUUAAUGAAUGAAUAUUUACUUACUUAACUUCAUUUGUCAUUUAUCAUUGGAAACCUUUUUCUUCUACAGCUCUUUCCUUGAAACUACUAAGACAUUACGGACCUGUAAAAUAAAGCAUUAACAAAGUUGCUUUGAGAAAACAAGUGUAGCUGUAGCUGUAGCCCCUUAUCUAAUCCAACCACAAAAUAGAUAUGCAAUUACUAUUUGAUCAAGUGUAAUAUACACACGUGCAUUCCUUCACACCACCCCUCAAGAAGCCCAUUGAAGCUACACACAGGACACACAAACACACUACAGGCAGGUGGACAGACAUACCAGUUGGUUCGCAUCCUCAGCCGAUCAUGAUCAUUAACCUUCACUCACACACUAACAUACCACAGCCUUCUCACCCACUUAAAGCAACUGCAGUGCUAAUCAUGUCACAAAAAGGGGUGUGAACUUACAUUUCACCUUACUUUCUUUUUCUUUUUGUUUAAUCAGAAAAGGACUUUUAGCGAUGCUAAAAACGUUGAGUUACUACAUUCUGUAUAUGUGGUCAACUUUUAGAAGUACUGAAAACUGAAGCCACUUUGUUUUUUGGAGGGAAAAAGAAACCAGAGGAAUUGAAGCAUGCACAUGACUCUUGUAUAUACUGUACCAAACUAGUAGUGAAGCCACAUGAUGACCUCGUGGAUGAGCUGGAUGUUCGCACAGCUCCAAGUGUUUCUCUCAGCCUUAAAGGUGAACUCUGCAGUCAUGGUGUCCCUGCUGAACUAAUGGUGUAAAAGCCAAAGAGAGAAAAGUGAAAAAGCGCCAGAUUACAAGAUUUUUUUCUUUUCUUUUAAGAUUGACUCUUAACGUCAUACUGCAGAGUUUUCCUUUUCAAAAUGAGCAACUCUUGAUCCUUGUUGGUGGAUGUAGUGUUUGCGUUGUCUCUAUUCAGGCGCUGUACUAACACUACAGACAUGGCAACUAAAGGGCAAACUGAACUGCCCCAGUGUCUUUAAAGCAUCUCUUUAGUCAGUGUUAAAACGUGAAUGCUAUGGGUUUUUUUUCUAGUGUGUUUUAAUUUAUGUUUUGAUUGUUAUGCUAUUUUAAAUGAAGCAGUGCAGGAUGUAUGUAUUCAGAGAAAAGCAUAUGUGAUAUUCUGCCUAACUUAGUUGUAUAUUUAAGUCUCUCACAUCAGAACGUUUUCUCAGUGUUUGAUACAUGCUUAUUGUACUGUAGGGUCAAAUGGAUGGUAAUGUGAAAAACUGAUCUAACCUCCCCAUGUAUUUCAAACCUGUCCUUUCUCAGAGCUGUCUAACACUAAAAACAAAUUCUACUUGAAGCAGAACUGAAAUACAGUUUUAUGAUUCUGGAAUGCACAGUUGGAGUUUGUAAAACACCUCUUUCUCAAGGUUCCACUAAAGCUAUCAGUUACCUUGACCCUUGAAAAUUGUUGUUGAAAGUUGAAAUAUUGUAGAAAAGUCUACUUCUCAUAUUAUACUUUACAUACUCUUCCAUGGCUUCUACGUGUUCAAAGUCUUUGGGAAAAAGUUGAUGUUUAAGAAUAUUGACUGGACAGCAAAACACUGAAGAAACAGGAAAAUUAUUUAUCCCUUAUCUGAUAUUAAACGAUGCUACAUUAAGGCAUUGUGAAGCAGUUUUAAAUAUGAUGAAAUAGAUUUUCCAGUUGCGGGACAAAUUGGUGUGUUUAUAUUUGUGUCAUUUCAGUUUCUCUUGAGGUGCUAUAAUUGUGCUCCUCGUUGCCACCUCUGUGCCACCGUAACAAUAUAAAAGAACCCCGCUUGAGUCUUGGUACCUGGGACUUUGCAAACGUGAAGUCAUUUAAUUUUCCAGAACUUGAUUUUAGCAUUAAUAUACCUGAUUUAAAGGA